AUGCAGCCUUCAAGUUCCCUCAUGGAUAUGAACCUGGAAAAUAUGGAGCUCGACUCUACUCCUUCUUCUCCUACAACUGCACCUUCUACAGCAACAACGAUGGAGAUCACAGACGACUUGAUCGACCUCGGGGGCAACGUCACGACCGAAACCACCGCUAUUGCCGUUCCUGACGCGACUGGAGUCACGGCUGUGUCCGAGGUGGAAGAGGAAGUAGACGACCGACCAGACCUCUCUGAUGAUUUCUCGUGCAAUCUGGUAUUUAGCAGAAAUGAAGGUCAAAUCAUCAGUGCCCCCAGAGUCUUCACAGUCGUUGAAGUCUCUCCGAAGUCAAGAUCGACAGUCGGAUUUAGCGACUUGGCUGAACAAAUGAAAGAUAAGAAAUUCAACUUGUCAAAUACCAAUUGGGAUGAUCAAGGUUUAUAUGAGAUUAUUCCUCAUGAGCCUUAUGCAAAACAUUCAAAAUAUACCAGAAUCUUCUUUCGAACAAAUUUGGCUAAUACCAUGAGUGGAUACUCACAAGACGGCGAUAAAAUCACUUUCGUUCCUUCUUUGGCUCAAAAUGUAUUGGGACCAGAAGUAGAUGCUGGUCGAACUGUAUUCUUCGACGACAAUCUGAGCGGUAGGACUUGUACUCUCAUGCCGAGUCCUGAUGAUGAAGAUACUUACAUCAUGACUGUCUGUGGAACAAUGUCAAAAGGAAGUACGGACCAUCACGAUAUUUUCAGAACCGAUCAAGCCUUUAGACAAGGUCUUCUUCAAGGUAAUCGUGAAUAUCCUACUGGCUCCACCCAUGGUACUGUGUGGCCCGUAUAA